UAUCGACAAGCCUCAAGACUUUCAAGAUGGUUCGCUACGCCGCCGCCGCUCUUGCCUCCAACCCCGAAAAAACCUCCCGCGCUCGCGGCGAGUACCUGCGCACCCACUUUAAAAACAUGCGGGAGGUUGCGGCUGCUCUGACUGGUCUUAAGUUGGCCAAGGCCUACUCCUACCUGUCCAACGUUACCGAACACAAGCAGGUCAUUCCCUUCAGGCGGUUCAACGGUGGUGUCGGUCGUGCUAGCCAGGCCAAACAGUUUAAGACUACUCAGGGUCGCUGGCCUGAGAAGUCCGUCCGAUUCAUCACCCGUCUUUUGAAGAACGCAGAGUCGAAUGCGGACGCCAAGAGCAUCGAUGUUGAGGAGCUCCUUAUCAAGAACAUUGUUGUGCAACAGGCUCCCAAAACCCGCCGCCGUACAUACCGUGCCCACGGUCGUAUCAACCCCUACCAGGGCCACCCUUGCCACGUCGAAGUCAUCCUCAGCUCAGGAGAGGAGCAGGUCGAGCGCCCGAAGGACAAGGAUGCCGUUCCAUCGCUCACCGGCCUUAACAGGCGACAGGUCGCCAGGAGGCGUAUCGAGGCCGCUCGCGUUUAAACACCUUCCUUCUCUUGGGUGUUUUCUCGAUAUCGGUCUCGGGGUGCGGGUCGAGGAGGGUCGAGGAGGUUUGAUAGCAUGCCAUCAUUGUUUGAAUUCGCUCUCAUUUCUGUAUGCUUAUGCCAUGCCUGAAAACUUCACUCGCCAUGGGUGGUUCUUUAUGCGCUUUCUAUUGACACGGUAUGGGGUUCAUGCAUGUAUUGUUGAUGAGCCCAGUGUUGCGCUAUUGAACAACGCCCGUCUACGACUUUAUGACAGGCUUGUCUUGAGGUCGCUCACUGAUCAAGCGCAC